AUGGCGUUUUUUCAAUUGGUAAUGACCGCGAGAAAACUUGGAAAGGUGCAAGAGGAUUAUCACGAUGAAAAACUCAAAUCUAUUGAGAUCUCAAAAGGCGGAAAGGUGAAUUACACCUUGAGGCAGCGGAUACGAGUCAAGAAAAUCAUGUUGAGAAUAAAAAUGCGAGAAUUAUGGAGAAGAUGUUUCUCCUGUACCGAGAACACUUGGUUUCACAAAAAAAUUGAACUCUUCAAAACCGAGGGGACAUUCGAGAAUUUCCUCCUGACGAGUAUGAUUGGUUUCCUGGGGGGUAUGCUCUUAACCUACAUAUUCUUCAUGUUCUUCGUGUUUCAAUUGAACUUCACUCUCUCCUCGGCUACUCUACUGUGCUCAAUAUUCGGAAUAAUACUGACGAUUGGCCUCGCCUUUUCACAUCGCGUACGGUGUGUUGUUUUUCUGCUGCUACCACAAUUCUUCUCGAAGCGGGGUCGACAGGCACUCAUGGCUUAUGCAUUCAUCUUGGCACUGACAGGACCAGCCAAAAAUACGUUGCACAAUAUCGGAGUACUCUCGGAAUCACUCGCGUGUGGAACUGAGCAAUUGAAAGAAGCGGUAAAAACAAUAGUAGAUCUUAUAAAACAGCCGUUCUACGCCCUUCGCGAUGCAGUUGCUGGAAUAAUAAAAACCGUGAAAAUCGUGGUGCAACGGAUAAAACAAGUGCUCAUAGCGAUCAAACGAAUGGUCCUCAGCAUAAUUAAGAUAAUUACUGCUGUGUUCGAGUGGCUCGGUAGCGUUGUUAAUAUCUGCAAUAAGAAACUCGGUACACCAUUCGAGAGAUGUCAGAAAGUAUUCGAUGGUGCUGUUGCUGAUUGUUUCGCUAAACUCGGCCCAUUGUUCGGGGGAGUAUGCAAUCUGGCUUAUGUCGUUGGUGCAUUGUGUUACAUUGUCAAACCCCUCGACUUUAUUUGCAUUCUCGUUUCAUUCGUAUCGGAUGCUAUCGUCGGUGCUGUACGAAAAAAGAUUAAAAAAUUCACAAAGCACAUGAAAGCGAUGUUCUACGUGAAAGUGGACUUUUCCCAUUCAUUUCACUUCGAGACGAAUAAGAGUAAAACACUGGAGGAGGUAGCAACAGGAAUAGUUACAGAAAUAAGAUCUCGAACUGAUAAAUUCCUGACUCUCUUCGACUGGAUGAGCUUCGCCACAAGCUUCUUCGUCCUAUUCAUGCUCCUUAGAGUGAUACAUUAUCGUCACAAGUGGCUGACAAACGAGCGAUUUGAUAAUCAAUAUCUGACGAAAGACCUCCGACACAUCGACCUGAUUCGCGCUAAGCAGGACAAAGAGACGGUUCUUCCCCUGAACCCGAGAGAAAAAGGGAAAUACAUUCCAUUGACAUCAAUCACUCUCAUCAAGGCCGAAAAAAUUCACCUGACCAAGUCCGCUGUCUUUCUCAGUCUCACCACCUUUAAGCUCUGCAUCCACAUGAUGGUGGACUACAGCCUCUACUGGAUCCUCAGUACAAUUCGAUACCAUGGCAGGUUUGAGACUAAAGUCCAGCAGGUCAACUCCGUUGGAAUGUACGUCUCCGGGAAUGGAUAUCUCGCACAACUGUACAGAACCAUUAUCAAAGCCUUUUCCCCCUCCGACGCUAAUAUCGAGGUGGACACUCUGCCCUGUUUACCUGAUCCUAUACCACCGGAUUUUGAUCGCUAUACGCAGAUCGUUUCCCUGAUUCUCCUCUGCUGGAUUAUGACAAUUUUUGAGCCCUACGGAUUGAGACUCAGACAAGUGGUGAUGGGUUACUACCAUCCGGAGAGGUCUAAGCAGAGAGCGGUCUGGCUUUACAAUCACAUCAUUCGAUCGAGAGGAGGCUUCAUAAAAUUCGCGAGGAGACAGCUGCGUCGAAAAUUCGGGAUAAACGGCGACAAUCAGAGUAUCGAGAAGAUCACCUGCAAGGAGAGGAUCAUGGCGAUGUUACCGAUUCUGUACAAAUGCUUCCCGCAGGAUCAGAUUAUGUGUCUGCUAUGUGGAAGCCCCGAGAGGGACGAGCAAUCUCCUCACAUCAAGUGCCCGACUCCAGGGUGCGUUGGGAUAUUUUGUCCGCAGUGUUUCGCUGACCUGCAAAAUCUCUGCACCAUCUGCCGGUCGCCGAUGGACUACGGUGACAUGUCAGACAUGAGUGAAGAGUGGGAUUCUUCUGAGGACGAGCCGAUUCGGACUAAGAUCGAAGAGGUGACUGAGGAGGUUACUGAGGAGGUGACUGAGAAGGUGAGCGAGGAGGUGAGUGAGGAAAUGACUGAGGAAGUGACUGAAGAAGUGACUGAAGAAGUGACUGAAGACAUCACCACGGACUCGUCUGAGUACAGUCAAUCAUACCAGGAUGAGCCCCCGGGGAAAGUAAUUCCAGUGGAUAAAAUGGUUUAUCGAGAUCUCGAAGCUCAGAAAAUCCGGGACGACGUGACGAUUCAGAUCUUCAACGAACCAUUGAUCAGAGACACCUGCGAUAGUAGUGAAGGGGUGAAUUCCUGCUUUGUUUUGAGAGCCAGGAGAUUGAGAAGAAUGAAACCCUCGUGUCCCUGUGAUGAGGACUCAUCGAAUUCUCGAGACUCCGAUUCGUGUCAGUCGACUGAAGAAAUUGAGGAAGAGGAGGUGUUGCAUAUCGAAGUGGAGGACAAUUCGGAGGCUAGGGUUCUGGGUGCUGGCGGGAGUAAGAUCCUGAGGAAGAAACCUGGGAGGGUCCAGAGAAUCGUCGAUGCCCUCAAUCGAGUGUCUUUCAUCAGGAACAGAGAGGGGAAAGAGAUGGGGGGUAGAACAGCCGGCAAGCGAGGAUCCCUCACUCAGAGGGUCAUCAAAAUGCUGCAGUCUGGAAACUCGAGGUCUUGUCUUCCCUGUCAACGAGGUAGGACAUCAAGGAGUGAUGGAGAGCAUGUGGAGGAUUUGUAUGAUCUACCCGAGAGAACGAGAAGAUCGAAGAGAUCGAAGAGUCACCCGCAGGGGAAGCACUGCUGUCCGAAUAUCUACUCAUUGAAUUGGGAUUCUCAUAGGGAACGUGGGGGAAGUGACGAGGGAUCUGUGGGAUCUCAUCCUCUGGCGGAAAAUACGAGAUAUUACGAAGUCGAUGAGACCACUUUACCCGACCACGAGGAAAAGUCAAAGCAGAAAAUUGUCAAAGCUGUAAAAACUGGCAAUGGGGGAAAGAGAACAAAUGAUCGAGGGCGACAGUUCGCGUCACAAAUUUCCGAUCCUCCAACAGGAUUGGCGAUCUAUGGAGGCGAUGUAAAAAGACCGAAGAGAGGGUUCAAAAAAUUUCCGUUGAUUCAGGAAGAGACAGAAGCCACUGAAACCGAUGUAGAACCGGAAUCACCAAUCGUCGAGGUAAAAGAACCUGAUGAAGACCUAGAAUUAAAGGAUGAAGAACUACGGGCGGAGAAAGCAAGUCUCGAGAGCGACUCAAUUGAGUCUCAGAGAGAAGAAAGAAAGAGUCUCACAGAGAAAAAAGAGGGCAGGGGGAUAUUUUCGAAGUACUCGAAAAGAUUCAGGACAGGCAGUGAAAAACAAGAAGGAAAUCUAGAGGGAAAUGUAAUUGAGUCACCACCGAAAAAUCUGGGGAGAGGGAUAUUCAGCGAGUAUACGAGACGAUUCAGAAGGCGGAAGAAGUGCAAGAGGUGCAAGGGAAAGAAUAAGGGUGAGCAAACAGAGCAGAAGGAAAGGACAACUUUGGCAACUCAGACGUCUGAUGAGGUUCCUCCCGAGAAGGAUCCUGUACAAUGCUCCUGUCAUCAAGCUACAGAUUAUAAGACCAUGCCAGAAACCAGAAAUGAAUCUCCCGAAGGCUCGCCGAGGUCUCGCUUCGGUCGAUUCUUCAGUCGAAAGGGAACAAAAAAGGAAAAUGAGUCCAUCGACAGAAAGAAAACUUACGAAAACGAGGCGUCACAGACUCCAGAUAAAAUCAACGACGUCGCAACCCCAGAAGUCGAAGAGAACGAUAUAAAUUCCAAAAAGAAGACUGAAAAAGAUGAACAUCCAGAAUCACCAGACGACGAAAUCCCAGUGAAGGAAUUACAGAAACAGAUAGAAAACGAACUAGAUCCGAAGGCUCUGACGACAUUGAUCAACAAUUCGAUCAAGGAGGCAGUGAGGAAUAUAGUGAAGGAUGGAGUCUGUGAUUAUAUAGAAAAACCUCCAUCGAUUUCCAAAAAGCCGAAGCCCAAGGAGAAAAAAAAGCUCUCAGAAUCCCCAGAGGAGCUGAUCCCAACGAAAGACUGCAAUAAAGAGAAUAAAUCCCUGUUGAAUUCCGAGGAGAAGACCUUCGACUCUCACACGAUGGAUCCAGCCCGUAAUCGAUUAUCUCCCAGAGCUCCCAGAGCUCCCAGAGUUCCGAGAGCUCCGUCACCUUCGAAAUCCCCAGGUAAAACAACAAUUUCCCAAUGCGAUCGUUCGAUUUGUCCUGCGUAUGCAGCUCUGGACUGCGAGAGGGCAAAACGAUCGAAGCACAAAAAAUCAAAGCAAAAGACAAAUGUUUCAACAGACAACCGUCGGAUGACGGGCAACGUCAACAUCUACAUCUGCUCCGAGGCUAAUGAAAACGUUAAACGCAAGUGCCCGGAGAAGGACAAGUGCUCCGAGGACUCGUCAUCCGAAUCCGAGAUGAAGUCAAGUACGAGUGGAUCGAGUGUAUCGACAAGUAAACUUAUGGAUGCACUGACGAGAAAGAGGAAGAAGAGAAUGGAGUCACAGGAGCUCGACUGCCUAUGCGAGGAGCCAGAGGAUAUUACGGAGGGUGAUAAGUCCACGAAGAGGAUGUCCGAGGCUCCGGACGAGACGUCGUCCUUCAGCCGAAUGAAUUCUUCGAAUGAAAUCGAGUCCAGUGAGGAUUAUCUCGAUGGCUGCAGCCUUGAGAACUGUCCAGCAAUGUCGACCAAUGAUUUUGAUUAUCAGGAAUCGUUUUAUGAUAAUAAUAAUUCAUGGGGUACCCCAAGACCAUCGAGGAACUACUCGUUCCUCCCUGCUGAGAGGGAUGUGCCUGAUAAUUUCAAAGAGGGCAUCUGCUGCUCCUGCAAGCCCCCAAAACCCCAACGUCCUCCUUGUCCCUGUGAGCCUCAGGAGAAAGUAUAUUCUGUUGCGACUAAUUACCCUGAGGAUCACAGAUUGGUCCGUUGUGAUGAGCCUGUGAAUAAACCAGAAGAGAAGUCGUGCUGUCGAAUCCGGGAAGAACCUGAACGCGAGAUUUUCACAAUUUGCACAAACGAACCCGAGGAAGAAUUCACAGUGUGCGGUCGUCCGGAUGCCGAAGGAGAAGAGAAAAUAGAUUCCGUUGAAGGCUCGAGGGAAUCCCUGAAGAAUGGGACACCCACAGCAGAAGAAGCGGAAGAGACAACUGAUGUGAAUGAAGCGAAUGAAUUCCUGGAGGAGGACAAACCGGUAGCAACAGAUGAUGCCGUUCAAAAAGAUGAGAGUGACACGUCGCGAGCUCCGGUACCGGAAUCGAUACCUUCCGGGGAGAAAAAGCGAGAAUCUUUCCUCCUUCGAUCCUGGAAGCGAGCUAUGACGAUUGUGAAACGUUCCAGCUCAUCAGCACCAAGAGCUAAUGACUCCGACCAAAGUAAUCUUCCACAAGAGCCAAAGAAAUCCGACAGUUCACAAAUAAAAAUAAAUGAAGCACCCCCGAAAGUUGUACCGACGAGCAAACCCCCUCCGAAGCCCCCCAGCUCUCUGAACCGUCCCCAGACGGUGAUAAAACGCCGGGGAAAGCCAAAAAUCGUAGCAAAAAUAACAACAAAACAACAGGAAAAACGAACCUCCCUCAGUGAUUCAAAACUCUCGAACCAAAUUACUCAAAAACCAGAAGUUGUUUCAAGUCCCCAGAGUAUCCAAAAACCAGAAGUUGCCCUCCCACAUCACGAGAGUCUCCAAAAGCCUCAGAAAGAGGACAAACCGAUAAUAGAUUGUGGAUGUGGUAAACCCGAAGAGCCAAAAAUUGUUCCCUGCACUUUCAUCGCAGCAGAAGAACCCCAGCAAGAAGAGUGCUGUCAAUCUUGCAAUAAAAAGAAAACAAAUUGCGAGUGCUGCGAGAAAUGCUGCAGACAAGAGGAACUGACAUGCCGAUGCUCGGAGCCUCCGAGGGAGCAGAAAUGCUGCAUGUGCCAGGAGGAGACAACCUGCUGCACCUGCAGGCAACCAAAUCCCCCAAAACCCUGUAAAAUAUCAUGUGGAUCGUGCUGCAAUCCCAUGAACUGCUGCACAUGUCGUGCACCAGUUCGAAAAUGCUCCUAUUGUAGAAUGCCGAGUGAUUUUUGCAACUGUCAGUCACCCUACGGCAAAGGCCGGUCGAUUCAGGACGAAAACAACGGAGUCUCAGGGAAUUGGAAACCGAGACCUGGAAUUCCACCUCGAUUUCCAAGAGAACGAUUCAACCGAGAGAAUCCGGAUAAUUGCCGGUGCGACCAGUUGAAACCGUACGGCUCUGAGGAGCUGCCAUACCAGAAGCUCAACGUCUUCUCCAACGUCAUGACCGAAUUGCAACAGAAAAUCAGUGACUCUGUAAGCUGCGAUCAGUGCAACACCACUUCGUGCUGCUGUCCGAAAUCCCCAAGAUGUCUGAGUACGAUAGCAGAAAGGCCAAGUUUACAAUAUCGCAAUGAGUCACCCCCCGAUUGCAAUUGCCCCCGAGUUAACCGAAAAACAUUAGCAGUGUGCGACAAUUGCCGAACAAGUCCAUGUCGCUGUCGGAGAGAUAAGAGGCCCCAGGCGAAAUGUUUCUACUGUAAAACUAUGCCAUGCAGAUGCAACUGGAGAUUCAAAGAGAGUCGUGAAGAGUUCGACGACAGCACUGGAAUGAAAAAAACAAGGAGCUGCAGAUGUCCAUCACCAAAGAGAAUGACCAAUGGGCAAUCGACAAAAGAGUUUAUGGCCCCGAGACACAGACCCCCCAAGAACUGGCUUGACUGACGAAAUCCCAGGAAAAAUAACAAUCACCUGAAGGUCGUUCCACGUAUGUUUCUACCAUUCCAUAUUUAUCAAGAGUUUAAAUAACACUAUCACGUAUAUUAAAUAGUGGAGGCACACGUGUUUUGAUAAGCCGUAAGUUCCAUUAAUCUCCAACAUGUAUCAGAUUCAAACGAAGACCCAGAAAAAGGGAAAGUGACAUUCUGUCACAGAUUGAGAACCUCUGGUAAAUAUUUCCACGAAGUAAUAACCGAAGAAAUUGGCGACUGAGGGAAGCAGAGCUCUUUAGACUCAACAGGUGCAAUAGCCAGUCAGUGGUAGCGUUAGAACCUUCAGCAUGCACCUGCAGUAUGCGGUGUGCUGGCCAAGAAAAAAAAGCGACAAAUGAUUUAAAUGGUAACUCGUCGCAUAUCGGUACGAACAUAUACCACGUGUCGACUUGUAAUCUCCGGUACUGCCUUCCCUGAGGUGUACAGUACUGACAUUCAAAUUAUUUUGUUUUUCCCCACUUUUAAUUCAAAGAACAAAAGUGAUAGUUUUUUUGUUUGUCUUUGAGAUAAAGAGGGAGCGAAUCAGUGUUUGCCUCUCUGUUUUUCCAUUGAAAUGGAUAUCGUGUGUAUGAUUCUCUUAAAAGUGCGGAUAACAGGGAGUAGGGGAUUACUUUUAGUUGGCGACAUAUAAGAUGCUGUGCCCCGACCUCUGUUAGUCUUGAAUAAACCAAGUACUUGGAUGAACAAUC